AUGUCAUCCGAUCCAUUACCACCUCUCAAAGACAUCCGAGUCCUUGAACUGGCUGGUUUAGCCCCAGCUCCUUUUGCCGGCCUCCUCCUAGCCGACUAUGGCGCCUCCGUCCUACGCAUCGACCGCCCACAUCCACAGGCACAUUCCAAUCCCCCGGGCACCCUUCCCCCUGAGACCUCUGACUCUCUAACCCGACACAAAACCUCCAUAAGCAUUGACCUCAAAUCUCCUGCAUCGCUCGCCCUUCUUCUCUCCCUAAUCUCCCACGCAGAUAUCCUAAUCGACCCAUUCCGGCCUGGUGUCCUCGAGAGACUCGGCCUAUCGCCCACAGAUAUGCUCCUAAAAAGGAACCCGCGUCUCAUCGUCGCCCGCAUGGCAGGCUUCCGCCGUGAUGGGAAGUACAAGGACAUGGCUGGCCAUGAUAUCAAUUACAUUGCCGUCUCAGGCGUGCUGGCCCUGCUGGGGCGUGCCGGUGAACGGCCCUAUCCACCGGGCAACAUUGUCGGUGACUUUGCGGGAGGGGGCGCCAUGUGUUUCCUCGGCAUCUUGCUUGCACUGCUUUCGCGCCAUCGUACGGGGAAGGGCCAGGUGGUCGAGGCAAAUAUGGUAGACGGGUCAGCCUACCUAGCUACAUUCCCAAGGUUAUUGCAGAAGAGGCCGAUGUGGGGUUCCCCGCGCGGUCAAAACGUUCUUGAUGGCGGAUGUCCCUACUACGACACCUACGAGACGAAGGAUGUGGGCAAGUACUUUGCCGUCGGCGCGUUAGAGUCGGAAUUUUUUGCGGCGCUGCUGAAAGGAUUAAGCUUGAAGUUGGAGGAUAUCUUGCCACCGGGCUCUAGUGGAUUACGUGAGGAUCCUAGCACCUGGCCGUAUAUGCGUGACGUGUUUACAAGGAGGUUCAAGGAGAGGACGCGAAGGGAGUGGGAGAGUAUCUUUGACGGGACCGAUGCAUGUGCUACCCCAGUGCUAGAAAAUGAGGAGUUAGAAGAGGGCGGGUAUGAGCAGCGCUUAGCGGUGGGAUUGUCGGAGACCCCAGGUCUGGGAUUUACGAAUGAGGAGGGCGGUUGGUCGAGUGAUGGAUUGAGCCCCAGUAAGGGUGGGGAGAUGAUGUUGGCGGAUUGGUGUGGGUGGGUUAGGGGAAAGGAGUAUGAGGUUAAAGACGGGGCGUUGGUGAAGGUUGGAAGGUCGAAGUUGUAG